AGGUGAUGCUGGUGGGCGACUCGGGGGUCGGCAAAACCUGCUUGCUGGUGCGGUUCAAAGACGGCGCUUUCCUCGCCGGCAGCUUCAUUUCCACGGUCGGAAUUGACUUCAGGAAUAAGGUGCUGACGGUGGAUGGGGUGAAGGUGAAGCUGCAGAUCUGGGACACGGCCGGGCAGGAGCGCUUCCGCAGCGUCACCCACGCCUACUACCGGGAUGCCCACGCCUUGCUCCUGCUCUACGAUGUCACCAACAAAGCGUCCUUCGACAACAUCCAGGCUUGGCUGACAGAGAUUCAUGAAUACGCACAGCAAGACGUGGUGCUCAUGUUACUGGGAAACAAGGUGGAUUCAGCCCAGGACAGAGUGGUGAAAAGGGAAGAUGGAGAAAAAUUAGCCAAGGAGUACGGCGUGCCCUUUAUGGAAACCAGCGCAAAAAGUGGCCUCAAUGUUGAAUUAGCGUUCACAGCCAUUGCAAAGGAACUGAAGCACAGGUCCAUGAAGCUGCCCAACGAGCCCAAAUUCAAGCUCCACGACUACGUGAAGAAGGAAGUGAGAGGCUCGGGCUGCUGCAGGUCCUAAUGUGCUCGGUGCAUUUGUACAGAGACUCAUGCCCAAGUGUUUGUGCGCCGCGCUCUCUCUCUCUCUCUUCUCGUGGACAAUGUGUGCAUGUCUGUCUGUCGUGUCUGUAUCUGCCGAAAAGGUGAGCCGGGACGUGGGGAAGCAGCAGGAGGAGGAAUCUCCCUCGGCUGGGGCGGAUGCUGGCCGUGCUACAGCAAAGUGCCAGGCGCUGCUCCCCGAGCCCCCCAUCGCCUCCAUCCGCACUGCGAGCCCUCCGGCUGCCCUCGCCGGUCACUCCUGCUGGUGACCACCCAUCCCCAUGCAGGUGGGAGGUGGGCAUUCAGGAUGGGACCGGGGUGGGCUGGGCUCUUGCUGUGGUCCCCUCCAGGACCUGGCUGUCUCUACCCGGUCAGCAGCAGCCAGGAGCCAUAUGAAGCUUCUUUAAUUAGCAAGAAUUAUGGCUGAGGGGAACAACCGCCUUCUCCCCACCCAGACAUCUGGGUAGGGAAAAAGUCCUGAUUUCCCUUUUCUUUCCCCAAGAACCUGGAAUCGAGCUGUUCAGAGCCCCAGCCUGGGCCACACAGGAAAGACUUGUCCUCAAGGCAACCAUUUUUGUAGUUGCUUACUGACGUCUGUCCAUCUUUCCUGGGGUGCAAUGCACCUCCGCGAUGAAGGCUCCUCCUCUUCCCCACAGACGACACGAGCUUAGCUGUCUGUUCGAGUGAGCUCCUGCUGACCCAUCUGUUGUACAGAGAUUCCUGAAUGUUUAUCUGUUUGGUAAAGGCUUUGGUUCUCUUACUACUGCCGUUUCUAGUACUUUAAUUGAGAAGAAAUCUGGUGUAUUGCAGCUUAUCCUAAAUACCUUCAUGUAAGUGCGAUAGCGUUUUUAGACUGCAACAAUGCUUUGAUAUCUUCAAAGUUCUCUUGGGACAGCUCUUUCUGUUGACUGAAGGAAGCUGGGGGGGAUGCUGUAGGCUUUGAUUUCACCGGUUUCAGACUCUCCUGCCAGCUCUCUUCAAGGGACUCCUCACCCCUUUGGUCUGUGUCAGUCAUCUGGCUUUUUUUUUUUUUUUUUAAAAAAAAAAAAAAAAGCUGAACUUCUAAGUACGGAUUUGAAUUUGGAUGAAGUGUUUGGCCUUUGGCAAUUUUCUUUGAAAAUGCCACAUGCACAACCAGGUGCCCAGUGCGCUGAACCUCCCCACGCUGCCCUAAAUGGACCACUUUUAAAUUAAAAUAACCCAUCCUUCACCCCGCAGCCAAGCACCAGCUCUCUCAGCAGUCGGUUCAGAUGCCUCUGCCCCUCGUUUUGCUCCAGCACCGCAUUCCUGACGUGCAGAAAAGACCCUCUGCAGCUGCUGCGUGUGAUUCAGGCAGGGACUCCUCAGAGCUGCACUCCUCAGUCAGCUACAGUAAAAUGAGCUGCUGAAGUGAGUCCAGCCCAGUAACAGUAUGAAAAAAAGAUCCUAAAAUAAGCCUACUGAGAACAGAGCAUUUUUUUUUUCCUAAAUAGCAUUUUAGGGAGAAACAAGUCUUUCAACUGUCUGAUUUAAAUUUUAUUUAAAUUAUUUGUUGCAAAAAAAAAAGAAGUUCUUGCAGGCAGAGCUCCACUGCCAGCACCACAGGAGCAGGCAGGAGAGUUGUGCUGAUGGCUGCAGGGGGGGAAUGGCAGUCCAGGGACACCCCUGUGUCCCAUGUCCAGCAGCGAGUGCUCCCCACAGAUCCAAGGGGCCAGGGCUGCUCCAGCAGAGACUUUCUCUGCUGUAACUAACUGGAGUUCUCUUCACCCUCUCUCAAAUUCCUGCUAUGAGCGGUCUCUUGAGGUUUGUGGGUGAGUAGCAACCAGGGGGAGGCUCCACAAGCUGCUCAGGCGCUCCAGAAGCGCACGGGAAUGGGUGAAAACUCCCUGUUUCUGCUGCUUUGGUGAGCUUUGCCGUGCUCCCGUGGCUGCUGCUUGACCAGUGUCUCCUACACGAGGGUGCUCCUCUCCCAUUUCUCAUCCCGGGCUGCGUGGCACACGUCUGACUGGGGUUUUUCUCUCAUCCUGAGCUUGCCGAGCACCAGCGUUUCGGUAUCGCAGCUCCGCAGGGAAGGAGCAGCAUCCGCAGCUCCCACACCUCAUCCGUGCCCAGGUCUGCCUCUGGCACUGCCCUUUUUCAGCCCGACCUUGGCAGUGGAGCCUGUCCCGAGGUGACAGUUCCCUGCGUGGACACACCACCCCACGGGCCUCCCAGAAAGCAAAACCAAGCAGCGUUAUUCCCAACGCUCCCAUCAGGUCACUGCUUUCCCUCUUUCCCCGAAGGGCAGGAGAGCCUCGUGCCUUGUCCUGAAGAAAAAGCUCACAACUCUCAGCUUGGUCCUUCAGAGUGGGACCACAACCAAUUAAAAAGCUAAUUUAAAUAAGAAAGGUGCAAAUGCUUCCCUUUGGAGUACUUUAAAUAUGCCUGUUGGGAGCUAAUUACUACAGUAGAGAGAUCCCAACUGCAUUUGGGGGUAUUAGACCUAAACUUUAAGGCAGACUCAGCUCCCGUCUCUCCCAGUCACAAGUUCCCUCUCUACAACUGGUCACCAGUGCCUGUGCACUGACCUUGCCCCAAAGCUCUUCCUCAGACUGUUAUCUGGAAUCUUCUCACAUGGGCCUUUACUGCCACCAAGCGAUGAGGAAUUAAUGGUUCAGUGCAUUCUAGCAAGACAGAGGACUCGGCAUCACGUGCAACUUCUCAUUUUCGCUGGCUCUUGUUUACAGCUUUUGUUUCAUUCCUGUUAAUAAAUUUUUUUAAUAAUC